AUGGAUGAUGCAGAAGUGCUUAAAAAGAGAGGCUAUAUCAUGGGUAUCAAUCUUGGAGAAGGCUCGUAUGCGAAAGUGAAAUCUGCCUAUUCAGAACGGCUGAAGUGUAAUGUUGCAGUAAAGAUCAUAGAUAAGAAAAAAGCUCCCCGAGACUUCCUGGAGAGGUUUCUCCCUCGAGAGAUUGAGAUGCUGGCAAGAGUGAAGCAUCAUGCUAUCGUCAAGACCUAUGAAAUCUUUGAGACCUCUGAAGGGAAAGUGUAUAUUGUAACUGAACUCGGAGUCCAGGGAGACUUGCUGGAGUUUAUUAAGAGGAAAGGAGCCAUUCCUGAAGAAAUCGCCCGCAAAAUGUUCCACCAAUUAGCCAGUGCCAUUAAAUAUUGCCACGAGUUGGACAUUGUCCACCGGGACUUGAAAUGUGAGAACCUCCUUCUGGACAAAGAAUACAACAUCAAAUUGACAGAUUUUGGGUUUUCCAAACGCCUGUCUCGUGAUGAUGAUGGACGGGUAAUUCUCAGCAAAACCUUCUGUGGGUCUGCGGCCUAUGCAGCUCCUGAAGUGCUACAGGGCAUACCCUACCAGCCCAAGGUCUAUGACAUCUGGAGUAUGGGUGUCGUGCUGUUUAUCAUGGUCUGUGGCUCCAUGCCUUACGAUGACUCAAACAUUAAAAAAAUGCUCAAGCUGCAGAAGGAACAUAGGGUGCACUUUCCCCGGUCCAAAGUGCUAUCGGUGGACUGCAAGGACCUCAUCUACCAUAUGCUUCAGCCUGACGUGUCCCGUCGGCUAUGCAUCGAUGAGGUUCUCAUGCAUGCUUGGAUGCAGGAACCAAAAUCCAUUUCAGAGUCCAUGCUGACAAAAUCAGGUGAAUGCUCACACCAUCAGAAUCAGAUUAGACCCAUCUUUGCAAAGGACUCGGGACCAGAGCCUUCAGAUAAUGAGCAAGUUAUACAAGAACAACGGCAUGAAGAUAUGGACAUGGUCUCUGACCAGAUGAAAAGGACUUCACUCUGA